UUAAAGCAUCGGGAUUAGAGCUGCUGACAGUCCACCGGAGAGCUGUGCGGAUUACACGGUGCGAAGAGAACAGAAGAUACAUUGCAGUUGGCCCUAGAAGCAUCUCAGGAAAUGAGCGUAGACUUCUCUGGAGGUGUGUCCUAAUCCCAAACAGACAUCACCUGUAAAGCCUCGGCACUCAUUUCCUGUCGAGUGGUCUGCAUCUGCCCAUGCACAUGCACGGCACCAUGGGUAGCUCCCCGGAGGUGCUUACCUGGACGUCCUGUCCCAGCCUGCUGGUUGGAAAACUCAAAGAAGAGCUCAAACUCACAGUUGUCGGGGACCCCAUAAAGAAAUCCAACAGCAACGGGUCUCCUCAGGCCCUGCCCCCUCCUCCACCCCCUCCACAGAUCAUCACAGACCUGGCUCCGCCCAUCACUCUCCCCGUGCCGCUGCAACAGCUGCAGCUCCCGUGCAGGGAUGAUGACUUGAGUGGCACCAGUCCUCCAUGCACCGCCCUCAGUGAAGACUCCCGCGAACUGGGACACUUCGACAACAGCGUGCUGCAACUGCAGGAGCACGAGGAGGCGGAGUCACCUGCCUCUUGUGUUCAGGGGGGGUGUGGCAGCGGCGGUGAGGAGAGGAACGAUGAGGGUGGAUGUCCGAUGGACCACAGCGGGGACGAUACGCACCACCACCCUCAUGACGACCUUAAACUGCAUUUUCAGAGAGCCGGUACCGGCAGCGGGGGUUUCCUGGAGGGCCUGUUUGGAUGUUUGAGGCCCAUGUGGAAUAUCAUUGGAAAAACAUACUCGACUGAGUACAAACUACAGCAGCAAGACAUGUGGGAGGUGCCAUUUGAGGAGAUCUCUGAACUGCAGUGGCUGGGUAGUGGAGCUCAGGGCGCCGUGUUCCUCGGAAAGUUCCACUCGGAAGAGGUCGCGAUUAAGAAAGUGCGCGAGCAGAAGGAAACGGAUAUCAAACAUCUCCGCAAACUGAAACACCCCAAUAUCAUCAGCUUCAAGGGUGUGUGUACGCAGGCGCCGUGUUACUGCAUCAUCAUGGAGUACUGUGCACAGGGGCAGCUCUAUGAGGUUCUCAGGGCAGGACGCCAGAUCACGCCAUGUUUGCUGGUGGACUGGGCCUCGGGGAUCGCCAGCGGCAUGAACUACCUACAUCUCCACAAGAUCAUCCACAGAGACCUCAAAUCACCAAAUGUGUUAGUUACUCAGAAUGACUCGGUGAAGAUCUCAGACUUCGGAACAUCUAAAGAACUCAGUGACAAGAGCAUGAAGAUGUCAUUCGCGGGGACAGUCGCCUGGAUGGCCCCGGAAGUGAUCCGGAAUGAGCCGGUGUCCGAGAAAGUCGACAUCUGGUCGUUUGGGGUGGUGUUAUGGGAGCUCCUGACGGGUGAGAUCCCCUAUAAAGACGUGGACUCUUCUGCCAUCAUCUGGGGUGUUGGGAGUAACAGUCUCCACCUGCCUGUCCCGUCCACAUGUCCCGACGGCUUCAAAAUCCUCAUGAAACAGACCUGGCAAGGUAAGCCCAGGAAUCGGCCGUCCUUCAGACAGAUCCUGCUGCACCUGGAUAUCGCCUCUGCUGAUGUGUUGGGAACCCCACAAGAGACCUACUUCAAAUCUCAGACGGAAUGGAGAGAAGAGGUGAAGAAACAUUUCGAGAAGAUCAAGAGUGAAGGCACCUGUAUCCAUCGGCUGGACGAGGAGCUGAUUAAACGCAGGAGAGAUGAGCUCAGACAUGCUCUGGAUAUCCGAGAGCAUUACGAGAGGAAACUGGAGAGGGCCAAUAAUCUGUACAUGGAGCUCAGUGCCAUCAUGCUACAGCUGGAGGUGCGGGAGAAGGAGAUCUUCAAGAGAGAACAGGCUGUGGAGAAGAAGUAUCCUGGCACAUACAAGCGGCACCUGGUUCGGCCCAUCGCGAGGCCCAACGCUGUUGAGAAGCUCAUCAAGAAAAAGAGCAGCAUGAACCACAAGCCUGGAACACAGCCGCCUAAGAGACCGGAUCUGCUGCGCUCCGACUGCAUUCCCAGCGUAGAGCCUCUUCCUGCCCCUUCCCCCCUGUCAGGAAGCCCCAAAGUGUCCACCCCUCCUGGAAAGAGCCGGUACCGCAGUAAACCCCGUCACCGGAGGGCAAACAGCAAGGGCAGCCACAACGACUUCCCAGGUGUGCUGAAGCCCAAUUCCGGACCCUCGGAGGAACAGCAACCCCUCCAGGAACAAAACUAUCCCCAUCACCAUCACGCCACGCCCGAGGGGCCGCUCCUUCCGGUGCAAAACAGGGCAAACGCCGUCACCAAUUGCGCCAACAACCUACGUUACUUCGGUCCCGCUGCGGCUCUUCGCAGUCCGCAAACCGACCACCUCCAACGGAGGCUGUCCGGCUCCAGUCCAGAUCUCAUUUCCACCACAGUGGACGUUGAUUCACGCCACCGCAGGUCCUCAAUACCCCCUUCCAAAGGCUCAGGCCAGGGACCGCUGUGUCCCUGCUGCCAGGCGCAUCCUUUCCCAGGCUGCGUGCCUGCUGUGCCCAGUCACCCGGAACUCCCACACUACUCCCUGCUGAGAACGUGUGAGGGAACACCACCCGCUGUCAAACGGGCGGUGGACCCGACGUCAGAUGGAAAGGGAGAGCAGCCGGAGCAGGGGUCCCCACGAGGAAGCUUAUCCAGCAGCCUACUACACACUCUCAGACCCCUCAGAAAUGGGGGCGAUGAGUCAUCGGAGGAAGAGGAGGGAGAGGUCGACAGCGAAGUGGAGUUCCCACGGAGACAGAGGCCUCAUCGCUGUAUGAGCAGUUUUCAGUCGUAUUCCACCUUCAGCUCAGAGAAUCUGUCUGUAUCUGAUGGGGAGGAGGGGAACACCAGCGAUCACUCUCACAGCGGACCUCUGGAGCAGAGUGCCAGUCAAGACGAACAUCUGGACGAGCUGCUGUCACACACACCUGAGAUCCCCAUCGACAUCUCCACACAGUCUGACGGGCUGUCUGAUAAAGAGUGCGCUGUACGCCGCGUCAAGACUCAGAUCUCGCUGGGCAAACUGUGUGCUGAUGAGCACAGCUAUGAGAAUCCGUUGCAUUUCGGGGACUCUGACUGUGACACGUCGGAUGCAGAGUGCUCUGACGCCACCAUCAGGAACAAGCAGCUCGCUGCACCCUCUUCCUGGUGAGCUCCCAAACCCCGCCUCCACGCCGGAGCCUCUGGAGGAAACCACUGCAGUAAUCCGAGCCUGUUUAUAAACAGCCAUGGCCCAUUUUACCCCAACCUGGAAUUAGUAUCUCAUAAUUCACCUCUCUCUGAGCAACCUCAGGCACAUUCCUCUGAUGUAAUGAUGUAGCUAGUGCAACAUGCAUAAAUUAUUUUAAUGCAAUUUUGACGAGACACAAACAAAAUCAGGAACUCAAGUAAUUGUACCAAUCCUGCACUGCAAAAAAUUUAAAUAAAUUUGUUUUCAGUAUUUUGGCUUGUUUUCCAGUAAAAGUAUCUGAACAUCCUUAAAAAGAGCGAGAGAUGUAUUUACUUGAAAAGCAAAAAAAGAAAAGUUAUAAAGAAUUGUUUUCAGAGAAUAUAAAAUACAUUUUUCUUAUCACAUUUGCAAUUGUUUUUAUUUGUUUUAAGCACAACAUUUUGUUAGAUUUAUGCUUAAAACAAGUAAAAAGCAGAAAAAAACGUAAUAAAAAUAAGACUACACUUUAAAAAAACAUAAUAAAAAUAAAACAUAAAUCUAUGUUUCUAUGUAAAUAUUAAAUAUAAUAAAUGUAAAAACAUUUAUAUUUACACUUAAAAAAAAAGAAAAGCUAUUUGCCUAUGUGGCAAUAAACUAAAACUUGAUAAUAUCAAUUAGACUAAAUUAAAAAAAGGUAUUAAAAUAGAACUUAAUGUAAAAAAAAACGAGUCUUACUAAGCAAAACUGUGACAGAUAUCACGACUUGUUUACAGAGAAUACUGUAUAAGAGUUAUGUUUAUUUUAACCUAUUUUCUAAACCCGUUUUUACUUGUUUUAAGUAUAAACGUCAGUAAAUUCUGUUAGAUUUACCCUCAGUUUGCCUCUCUGGCAAUAAAUUAAACUUAAUUGAUUAAUAAAAAUAACACUAAACUUAAGUCUUGUCAUACACAAUUUUGCAUCUUAAGUAAAUGCAUCUCAUUUAAAGGAUGUUUACAUGUUUUUAAUAGAAAACAAGGCAAAAAUGCAGUGCAUGCAGAGUAUUAGCACUGAAGUGUACCAGAAACUAGGCAACUCAAUACCACAAUCCAUUAGACGGUUAGUUAGAUAGGAAUGCAAUGAUUUUGUGGUCUGCGGGAAUGUGUGUUUAUAUGUCCAUAGGUACGUGAAAGGACGUUUUGGAGUGUAGAACCAGUUAAAUUAGAACUUUUUAAUGGGACCACAGACAAAACAGGACAAUUGAGCUCAGCCAGCUGGAUCGGUCACUCUGGCAAAGACUAGCUACCUGCAACUUCCUGAGUUUACAGAAAUGACACUCUGUUCCCUACUGAGGGGGAAUCAGGGAUUAGCUUGAGCACCAGCAGGAACUUCCUCCUUUCGUUCUUUUCGUUUCUCUCGACUUCAAAAACAUGGGACCUGUGGAUAUUUCCCAGCAUGCCCGCUUGGUCGGCAUUUGAUUCAGCCAAUCAGACGGCUGCUACCGCUGCUGCUGCCACCGCUACGGACAAACAUGGAGUGACUCGAAUGACGACUGCUCUAGUGGAACGUGUUUGAUGAACACAUCAGUGUUAAACUGGACCGAAGCAGAGCAGCGUUCUCUCAUCUCAGGACCGCAUUUGAAGAGAUGCUGCAGAUGGCCAGAUGAACGUUUUUCCGUCGGCUUGUUUGUUUGAAUGGUGCGGAAGUGUGACAUAGACUUGAGAGUUUCUUUUCAUUUGUUCUGUCACGUUUAUCUUGACGCAAAAGCUGACAAUGUAGAUGUUCUGUAGAUGCAGUAUCCCUUUAGAUCAGGGGUGCUCAGCCUUUGUUGGUUUACAAUCCUUUUUUUUAUGUUCCAAAAUUCUUGCAAUUCCACACCCCACUCGAUGCCACCAAAUUAAGCUGUACGCUUUUGAAUCUCGCUGGCAUGAUUACGUAAUUACAUAAAUUAUAUUCUUAAGAUUAACAACGCAUUUUACUCUUAAGGGUAAAAAUAGUGGUUGUCCGAAUAACCGCAGGCUUUAUCUGAAUGAUCUCGAUAUUGAUUCUUAGGCUUUGUUCACACUUCUGGAAAAAUUAGUAUUUUAUUUUUUCCUCAAAUCCGAUCAUUUAGACUGACUGUUAAAACUGCAAGUUCUGAUUUUUUUUUCUGUUCAGACUGCAGUAGCUUUUACUAGCAUGUCCACAUUGGUUGUCAUUGUAACAAUGCAAACUUGCAUACUUGCGAGUUUAGUGAUUAUGUCUAAUUAUGAUUUUAAUGAAGGCAGCAUCCAAAUAUGAACACAUUCGUCACAGACAACAGCUUAAAAAACGUGAGAGGUGGCAUAUGCAAUGUUUGUUGCUGCUACUUUGUCUGAAAUUACAACGGACGCCUAUUGUCCUGUAUAUUGGCAGGUAGAGGUUGACCGAUAGUGGAUUUUGCCGAUACCGAUAACUAAGGUGGUAGAAAAGGCUGAUAACCGAUUAAUCGGCCGAUAGUUUUUAAAAUUGAUUUAUUUAAUUUAUAGAAUGUUAAAAAAGUCUUUCCUUGCUAUGAUGGGCACAGACAUUGAGUCUACAAGUGCCCAAAGUGAAUACAAUCCCAGCAGUUUAUUGUGCAAAAUGGAGAUUUGGUGCAUAAACUAAACAAGCCUGGAAUAUACUUACUUAUUUUGAAAUGACAGAGACUUGGCUCCAUUAUAGACCUCUAUAUUUAAGUAUUUACCAAAUUAAGCUUUUUUAUAGCCUACAUUCACCAGAUUCAAACUAUUGGCAAAUAUCGGCAUGCAUUUUUGCCUAUAAUCGCAACUAUCGGCACCGAUUAAUCUGUAAAACCGAUAUAUCGGUCUACCUCUAUUAGUGGGUUGCGAAACGUCCCGUUUUGAGGGCUUUGUGUCCCGUAUAAAAGCAUGAAAGGGUCAAACAGCGAGACUCUUGAAGAGGACCCCCGUCCUGGAUUGAAGCGCUCAAAAUGCUUAAGCGUCCCAUAUUCGCGUGAGACAUUCAGUAUCUUGUCGCGUUGUGGUGGCUUGCAGCCGGUGUGUGCGUUACCACACAUUAGUGCAUCUCUUUGGGUGGGUAAAGCCGAUGUCUGUAUUAUUUUAAAAGAGGUUUGCAUUGCUUUGGCUGCCUUGUAACACAUACAUGACAUAUGGGUUAUCCCUAUUAUGACAUAUGAUCAUCCCUAUUCACUAUUCCCCUCAUAGACAGAUUUUUUUGUGUUUUUUUUUCCUGUUCAGACUGCAAAAAUGUAAACGGAUUUGAGUCAGAUAAACCAAAAAAUGUGUUUGUUUUUUUUUUCUGCCUGAGUGAACAUAGCCUUAAAGUCCCAAGAGCGAUCUUUAACAUUCAAGUUUAUUUCCGUUUUGGUUGUGUUGAUUAUUUUAUCUGGUUAAAUAAAAAGCAAUGGGACUGUAUAGUUGGUGCCCUUUCGUAUAUUCGCGCAACAUUAUCACAUUCGGUGUGAACAGACUAAUUGCUUGUCGGGAUCGUAGCGCAUCACGUCUUGUUUGGACACGGUGUUGGAGUGGAAAACGCACAUCUUAUUUCCACCGUUAUAUAGUUUUGCGUGAUCUUUGCGUCAUAUUUUAAGCACAAGUAAAAACGAUACUAUAAAAAUCUACUAAAAGAUACAGUUCUUUGAUAGCCUCUGUGGUCACAUCUUCAUCUCUGGCAGCCUCUAGGUUGAGAGCCUCUGCUUUAAGACCAAAGCAUACUUCCGCAUGGUUACAUCUACAUGGCGUUAAAUUUCGUCAUCAGCACAGUACGCGCAUUUGACGCAUGCACUCUAUGACAGCUUUGUGAUACUCGAUACAGUCAACGGACUGUCCGCAUGUCUAGAAAAACGGUGCUGCAUGCAGCCAGUCCGUUGACUGUAUUGAGUAUCACAAAGCAGUCGUAGAGUGCAUGUGUCAAACGCCUCCAUAUGAGCUCGUGCUCAAAAGCAUAUACUUGGAAAGGCCAGUGCGCUCGACUGUGCGCCAGACGUAACGGCACGCGGAAAAACAAGCAUACCUUAGCCGUUAGAUUGUCUUUAAUGUGUCGUUUGGUUGUGCUGGUGUUUGUGAGUGUGUCUGGUGUACUGUUCAAGGAGACUGCAGAAGCACAGACUGCUGUCGUUUGUUUAAAAGUCGUGGAUGAAUCAGCAAUAAUGCAGAUUUUGCGCUCAGGCUAAUGAGAAUCAUUCGCUCAGGUUGACUGUCUAGCAGGCUGGACAGAUGCGCCAUCGCAUGCACCCUCGCUGUUAGACAAGUUGGAAGUAAACUGCUUUUUAAAAACCUCUAUUUUUACACGUUGAGCUUUUCCGAGAAAACAAAAAGAGAUGACGUGCUUUUUGCUGGAUGCUCAGGUUAAAUGUUUUAUAGCGCGAAUGAGUCUCCACUUGGGACAAUGAAUUUGUUUGUCUUGUUUUAGCUGUAGUAACAAAUAAAACUAGCCAUGGUCGUUCUUGGAAACAGCAGAUGAACGUUAAAGGCCAGUAACUUCGGCCACGUAUGCACUGAACAGUUUUGGAAGCGACUCCCAGUAGAUGCAGAUGAAUCCUCUGAAUUAUUGAUUUGCGUCGUAGAAUUACGCUCUGUGUGUACAGAACCGGAUUAUACACUCAAAACUGGAGUGACACCGUAUUUAGCGAACGUGGCCUUUGUGUCUUUAGUGUCAUUUAAAAACUCCCUCGCAAAUGGGAUUUUUGUCACCUUGUGAAAGGGAUACUGCAUCUUUCAGGAUGUCUGUCUGUAAUUGUUGCUUUCAUAUUUCCCGUGUGUUUUUAGAUCUAGAUGUACUAGUAUAGUAGUAGAUCAAAUGCCUUGUUCAUCAUGGGUUCAGCGCAGCCAGAUCCUCCAUUUGUUGCUUAACUAGACAUGGCAAUGAAAUUAAACUGUGAACGAUGUUAUUUUUUGUCUAAUUGCGGCUUGCUUAGAGGAGACUCGCAAGUUAUUCUACAGUAGAGAAUUUGCGAGAAAAGCAUGCUGCGCGUAUCAUAUCAUAUUUGCCGCGAACUAACAAAGCAAAGGCCACAGAAACAAACUUAAAGUCACCAUGAACAUCUUCGAAAUCUUUUAUCAAAAUGGAACAAUUUGCUCUGCCUCCGAAAUGACUUUUCUUUUUGGAUGAUGUCACAAAUCCCUUGUGAACAAUGUUUCAUGCUGACUUUAAUCUCUAGGCCAAUUUCCCAAUUAAAUUGGGGAAAAAAGCAGCCAUUUUUACUGUUCAUAUUUUUGUUGAUGUUGUUGUUGUCCAUUAUGAUGGGAGCGUGCUGACAAAAGCCGGAUUUGUUUAAAUGAAGUGAACUUUUUAACAUGGUCCAAUGGUAAUGAGGGCAAACCGAACACUCACCAACCUCAUUCUUUGUUUACGUGUAAUUCCGAAGAUCACGCCGGGGUUUUUAGUGAAUGAUGUAUGAAGUCGCCAUCACAAAUCCUGCAAAAUAUGAUUUUAAUUUAAUGUUAUUUAAUUUAAAAGUCCUUUCUUUUUUGUAGCUGGUCUACACAAUCAUUAACUAAUUUAUUUUGAAGCGCUAGUUCGAUUGCUGUUCAUUUCUGUACUGUCUGGAUUUCAUAACUAUCUCUUGUAUGUAAUAACCGUCUACUGAGGAGAGAAUGUUCACUUGUUCUGGGGGAAACAGCAACCUAAAAGUAUAGUGCACCCAGAAAUGAAAUUUCUGUCAUCAUUUCCUCACCCACCUCCUGUUAUUUUUCUGUGAAGCACAAAAGCUGUCAAGCUCCAAAAAGGCACCAAAGUAUCAUAUUACAAGUCCUCUGAAGUCAUAAGAUAAGAUUUAAGAUAUUUGCUUAUAAUCUUCUAAACCGCAGCAGCUCUCAAAUCUCAUUGUGCAUAUUUAAAAAUUGCCGCAUCACUUUUGGUUAAGACACACAUGAACAAAUGGUGCUUUGGACUCGAAGACAUCAAACCAUUGCAAAUGCACUAUUUUUAAAUAAUUACAGGGAUAUGAAUUCGAUUUCAGAGUGCACACGAGUUGUAUUAAAUACAGUGCAUUAAUGGUCCUUUUUUUUUGGUGCUUUUUGUCAUUUUUGGAGCUUGACAGAUGUUGUCACUAUGAACUGUCAUUGUAUGGAAAUGACAGAGUUGUGUUCCACAGAAAAAAAAGAACUGCAUAUUGGUAUGGUAACAACAUGAGGGGUGGAAAUAAUAAGCACAUUUUUAUUUUUGAUUGAACUAUUCCUUUAAGAGUUUGAAAUGGGGAGCUGCACCAAUUCGAUCAUAUUAUCACUUUUACAACUGGACUUCUUUUCAAAUCUCACAAUUUCAUCAGUCGAUUAUAUUGGCUGACGUUUAUUCUUUAUAAUAAAAUGACCCACAGCUGUUCUGGUUGUAAAGAAUAUUCCAGAUUUGAGUAUGUAGGUACUUCAAACGGGCAUUUAGCUACUCUUUUUCUUAAUUCAGCCAUCUCUGUCCUCCUCACAUUUACCAUUUUUAAUUGCUUUAUCAUCUGCUGCAUAUACAGGUAUUUUAAGAUUAACUAUUUUUGUGCAGAAUGUAUUCAGCUCGGGGCUCUAGUUUGUUUCUUACUCAUGUCCCGCCCCCUUCUUCCUUCCUGGUCUUGAAUGGUGUUAUGAUGAACCAAUCCCGAUGAUUUCCUGUAACAGCCUGUGUACAGUGCAACAGGAGUGGCGUGUGAAAUCAGAGCAGAACUACUGCAUGGAAUAAACACUGAUGUACUGUACCAAACAUACCAGCCUCUGCUCAUUCUGUUCAUGCCUGAUGCUUGAUUUAACUGCUUUGCCUAAAGAGUUUUUUUAAAUGAGUUUUAAACCUGCCGUAUAUUUCCUGAAGACCUGAAGAGUUUAUAUAUGAUUGAAAAAAAAUAUAAAAAGCAUGCUUUGAAUGCACUGUGAGUUGCUUUGAAUAAAAGUGUCUGCCAAAUGCAUUAACAUUGUAAAAAAAAAAAAAGGUUUUUGUGCCCAUUUAUUCCAUGUCUGUUAGCUUUGAGAUCAUCUCUUUAAAACAAUUUGCAGUCUUUCUUUUCCGGAAAAUGGACCAAAAAUAUUAAUGAAUC